GGCGCCGGGGCGGGACGCGGGGCUGCAGCGCUGCGGGUUUAAAGUAAAACAAAAGGCGCCUGUGUGUCCUCUGCGGCGCUUCGGCGUGUUUGUCCAGCGUGGGGUCACCCGGCUCUUCCGGCCAGCGCGGAUGGUAUGGUACCCCGAUUAGUCCAAUAGCACCUCCCUCCCCUGACUGUCCAGGUCAUUUAGGAAGAUGCUGCUCAAGAGCCGACUGGAACUGUCUGUGACUGGCACAGGGCAGUUCAUGGACUCCUUCUACACGGAUCACCCUUGCGGCCCCUGCUACCCAAAUCCUGCCGUUUAUGCUGCAUAAACCACACAGGAAAAACCUACAAGAAAGUAAGGAACAAAGCCUGGAGGCUGCAGAGAGAAGGAAGAGCAGAAAGAUCUAGAGAAGAAGCUGAGAGGCCAGAGCCAGGUAAUCCUCCUAUAUGACUAAAUGGCAAGAGGAUCUGCUGAGAUUUCUACUAAUAAAGUGAUUUUUAGCUGGUGAAGUGACCCUAGAAGAAACAUCCUUACUAGCUUCUCCAGGUCAGAGUAACCAAAGGCGUCACGGAGGUGCAAAAUGACUUCUUUGUUGACUCGCCAUUCAUUUGAUGGCAGCCUCAUGUAGACCUACUGGAAGCCAACUAGCUUUGGCAUCAGAGAGCACUCAUAGAAGAGAGGAGAGAGAUGCUGAAGAUAAGGGAGUUGAGUUUAACAGAAAUCUUGGCUCUUAGACUUCAUCUUAGGAUGAAGGGGAGCAGUUCAGCGAACAAUACCAGACUAUUUCCACCAGUACAAGUUGGACAUGUAAUCUACAGGGAAGGAUGAACAUCUAAACAACAAAUAGUCUUCAGUCUUGCUUAAAAAUGUCCCUGUGUGCAUCCUCGCACAAGGACUUUUCUCAGUUGCUGCCACUUCAAGAUAUUGGAUGCAAUAAAACAGAAAUUAAAAACUCGCCCGCUGGUAUUGGCUCUCCAGUUCCCUACAGCUGUAAUCAGUCCCUGCUGACAGUAGAGCACAGUCCAGUUUAUAUCCCUUCAUCUUACAUGGAAAACAGACAUGAAUAUUCUUCAAUGGCAUUCUGCAGUCCUGCUGUGAUGAAUUACAACAUUACCAGCAAUUUUGGUGAUUCAGAAAGUGCAUCUGUGAGGCAAACAUCAAGCCCAAAUGUGUUGUGGUCUGCCCCCGGCCAUCUCUCCCCCCUGGCACUGCACUGUCAGUCAUCGCUUCUGUACACAGAGCAACCAAAGAGCCCGUGGUGUGAGGCGAGACCACUGGAGCCAGUGCUACCUGUGACUAGAGAGACGUUAAAAAGAAGAACUAAUGGCAAUGACUGUACAAGCCCCAUUGCAAAUAAUCCUGGCUCAAAAAGGGAUGCCCACUUCUGUGCAGUCUGCAGUGACUAUGCUUCAGGAUAUCACUAUGGGGUCUGGUCAUGUGAAGGCUGCAAAGCAUUCUUUAAAAGAAGUAUUCAAGGACAUAACGAUUAUAUCUGCCCAGCUACAAAUCAAUGCACAAUAGAUAAAAACAGGCGCAAAAGCUGCCAGGCAUGCCGACUACGGAAAUGCUAUGAAGUAGGAAUGAUGAAAUGCGGCUCAAGGAGAGAACGUUGUGGGUAUCGGAUCCUGCGCCGCCAUUGUAAUUCAGAAGAUCAAGUGCAUUGCAUUGGCAAAGCUAAGAAAUAUAGCGAGACGGCAACCCGUGUAAAAGAGAUCCUCCUCAGCGCAGUCAGUCCGGAGCAGUUUGUUUUAACGCUGCUUGAAGCUGAGCCUCCCAAUGUGUUGGUGAGUCGUCCCAGCAAACCGUUCACGGAGGCCUCCAUGAUGAUGUCCCUGACAAAACUGGCAGACAAAGAGCUGGUUCACAUGAUUGGUUGGGCCAAAAAAAUUCCUGGCUUCAUUGAUCUCAGCCUCUAUGACCAAGUAAGGCUCUUAGAGAGCUGCUGGAUGGAAGUUUUAAUGGUUGGUCUGAUGUGGAGAUCAAUUGAUCACCCUGGAAAACUAAUUUUUGCACCAGACCUUGUUCUAGACAGGGAUGAGGGGAAAUGCGUAGAGGGAAUUUUGGAAAUCUUUGAUAUGCUCCUCGCCAUGACCUCGCGGUUCCGAGAGCUGAAAUUGCAGCACAAGGAAUAUCUGUGUGUCAAGGCAAUGAUCCUCCUCAAUUCCAGUAUGUUUCCACUGUCAGCAGAAGAACCCGAAAGCAACAGGAAGCUGCAUCACCUGCUUAAUGUAGUAACGGAUGCUUUAGUGUGGGUAAUCGCAAAGAGUGGGAUCCCCUUGCAGCAGCAGACGACUCGCCUGGCCAAUUUGUUGAUGUUACUCUCCCACGUCAGACACGCAAGUAACAAGGGAAUGGAGCAUCUCCUGAGCAUGAAGUGUAAAAACGUGGUCCCAGUCUAUGACUUGCUGCUGGAGAUGUUGAAUGCACACACUCUCCGAGGGCAAAGGAAGUCCCCAGUCACAAAUCCCGAAUUUGGCCCAUUAGAACAAAUGGAGACUGGAGACGGUCUGUGAAACAGGGCAGUCCACUAAUUCCAUCGAGACCUGGAGUUAAAAAUGCGAAGCUUAUUCAAAGUUAUGGGAGAAAACAAAGCUACUGUGGUGGGACCGUUGACGAUUAGGUGACCUAGUGCGAGUCCUCAUCUCUUUUAGAUUGCACAUGGGUAUCUUGGGAAAGGCUUGUGAGACACACAACUUUGUCCACGUUUCUGACAUUAUAAUAGCUGCACUUUUAUAGUGCCUUUUCUGAGACUCUCAAAAAGCACCUUAUGAAAUUAAGCCUCAGAACACUACUGUGAGAGAGGGAAUUACUGCCUCUCCUUUUUAAAGGUAGGUGAACUGAGACAAAGAGGUGAAGUGACUGGUUUAGGAUGACAGAAGAAGUCUGUGUCACGGCUAGGGGUCAGGUCCUAGGUCUCUUUCUCCCAGACCAAUGCUUUUAAGCACUGACUAGACUAUCACCUCUUUUAGCAUGAGGUUGUGUGAAAUGUACGGCUGCAUCGUUUGGGAGAGAUUUGCUUACCUGUGUGUGCUGGUCACUGAGGAGCAUCUGCUUUGCAGGUGAUCUAGAUAAAGUGCCGAGAUACAUAUACAGUGUAAAGGAGUUUCCUCUCUUCAUAAAUAUGCAAUGGCUGCAAGGGGGACGCUUCAUUUGAAGGCUAUUCAGAAUAGCUUCUAGGGCCAAUUUCGAGUCUCUUCAGAAGUGUAAAACCAAGCUUAAAUUUAUAUUUUGUGAGCUUGUUCUCAACACUCGUGUUAUUAGCUGUGUAUAAUUCUUCAGUGCUUUAAAUGACGACAACGCUGCCUGGUUAUUUCAGUCAAUGCUAACCGUUGAAAUAUGUUUGUCUGUGAGAUUAACAUGUUGUUUUAUAUAUUUAUUAAUGAUGUUAAAUCUAUUAUAAUGUUUAGGUACAAAAGGUUGAUAUGUGAGCAUUAACUGUUGGCAUUUGUGUAUGAUCUGCUUAUCAGGGCUUGUGAAAUGAGCUCGAAACAAACCAUCCUCGCUCCCCUUUGGGCUAGUGUAUGGAGUUAUGCAGUGCCCUUCCGAAACCUCUUGCAGCCGUCUUGCACGGGGCACAGCAGUGGAUGGGGAGCUAAGCUGGGAGCUGCUUUUGCCUGCUUCCCGCAGGUUUGCCGCUUGCUUGUUUUCAAAGUGCAUCACACCCUUUGCUGUGCUUUUCAUAUCUUGGAUACGAUCCCCCAAAGACGUGAAACGGAUGACGAUUCUGGGACUUCCUUCACUUCUCAAGUGUGAUGACUUGUUUGAAUUUCACUUACAAUGUAGGUCUAAACCCUCCUGCUGUGCUGAUUUCUGUAUGUGUUUAAGAUGCACUGAGCCAAAAAAAGAGAAUUAGCCUGGCCUAUAACCUCAGCGAAAAGCAGGAUGGCAUCUUUUGUUCUGACAACUGCCAAUAUUGUAUUUUGAUGUGAGCAAGAAUUGCAAUCGCUGUAAAUGGGUAUGUCUAAAUAUAUUAUUGAUGCAUGUUUGGAGCCUUUUGGGUAGGGUGAAAUUAAAUUGGGAUCACACCUAAAGUCUCUUUUAACCCAAAUAAGUCUUUUGGAUUAGGGACUUUGAUGAGUAUGCCAUUUGCAUACUUUGAAUAUUAUUCAAACCUUUGGCGCUGAUGUUUUUUGAAGUCAAGGAUAAUGUUUUUUAUAGGAGGGGCAUGAAGAGUUUUCAGCAAGUUAUAUGAAUCUGUAGUCUUGUUUUGAUCUUGUACUAUACCAGAUGCGGAUGAUGGUCUAAAUUUUUACUAGCUACCUUUUUAUUAUUUUUAAUAAAAUGUAAUAUAGCAGUGCCCUUCUAAAUGAAUGUAAUAUUUACUACUACAAAUGGAAAGAAAAAAAUGUAAGUACAGUCUUGAAUUCAUCGGUACUUGCUCAUUCUGAGUGAAGUUCUGCUGUGAAGCAGACAUGUUUCAGUGUUUCUCGGGCUUGAUCACCUUUUGGCCUAAAUGCCUGUUGUAUUGUUCUUUCUCUGAUUUUUCUUCUCUUGUAUAAUCUUUUUUUUUAAUACAGUUUUUCGAAGAAAUGUUUAAGUGAUUUUUUUGUUUUGUUUUGCUUUAGAAGUGCUGAAUUUAUGAGCAAUCUUGAAAUAAACCUCUUCAAAGGAAAAUGGGAAAGAGUGGGUAUAAAUCUUAAUCUUAACUUCUAAAGGGACCUUUACUUUGCUCUGGACUGACUUUCUAUAAGGGCAGUGGUGCAAAUUCAUGCCACACAUUGUAAUUCAUACAUGCUGUUACUUACAUGCUGUAAAGCACAGUAUAAAUAGGAAAACGCUGUGAUUUGGACAGUUUUUUCAUCUUAAUGAGCAUCGUUUUUUUAAAGUUACUAAUUGUGUUUUAAAAUGGGCAACAGCCAGUAGCUGUUGGAUCUUUUGGAUUAACAUAACUGUAUGUAUAUUUGGACAAAUAGAAGGUAUGUCCCAUUAAAAUGGCACAGCUUAUAAACAAGUAGCUGUGUGACAAAAUGAAUAAACAAGAGUGUGUUCAACUCUUGAGUUAAGUGUUGGGUUUAUCACAGGUCUGAAUCUCACAGACUUUCUCAGAUACUGCAUUCCAGGUGUUGAGAGUGAGCAUCUGUGCCAAGUCUGAAGAAAACUGCCACUAUGCAUUUCAGUUAAAAUAUUGUGGGGCUUUCCCAUUUUCAGUGUGAAUGAAUGCAGUGCUGAUGGACUGCAAGGGCCUAGGAGGAAAUAAGAAGGGGGGUGUUUCCUUCACGGUUUUGCUAUGGCAUUUCACGCCUUGUCCUACAUCAGCUUCUGCCGCUGAGCCUGGACCUUGCCAGAGGUGGCUGUUUCUGCUUGAAAUUAUGCUGUGGUUCUGCGAUGUUCAUGGAGGUGAGCAAACUUGGUCCGUGUGGGAAUUCCAGUUGCCACUGGUUUAAGAAAACCACCAAACUUCUCCUUAUGCGUGCUAUGAAAAGCAUGUUGACGUUCCUCUCAAGCGUGGAAUUAAAACCAAACUGUAAAACAGCCUUGAUUUUUGAGAAAUGAGGUGACUCUUGGAUUACUUGAGGCAGGUAUGCGACAUCUGAUUUGUCUCCAGGAACGGUAGGUCUUUUCCACACCUCUGUGCCUGAUUAUGCAUUUUUGGUGCCGUCUGUCAUAUUGCCAGUCAGAGCGGGAAAGAUGUGUUGGGAUGCUCUCCUGCGAGACAGUGUCCCACAGGCUGGGUUCUCCAAUAAAGCGUGCAGCAAACGAAGACAGGUAGCCCACAAAGUGUUAUUGUUUGUUUUUUUUUAAAUAAAUGUGCAUCUUUCCAUGGAUGUAUCUGCUGUUAAUUCCGUAAUGAUUGAAUGUAGAUCCAUACAGGGAGCAUUCUGAUGGAAAGAGAGCAUCCUUUUAAGUGCUGGAGCUGCCUUCUUUUCCUUCUGAUGGCAUGCUGGAUGUGGAAGACGUUUGCUGUGUUUAUGUCUUCAGAGUAGUUUAAAAAAGAGAUCCUAAAAAUACAAUCAGAAAGUUGGUUCAUGGUCCUUUUUCUAACUGUCAGCAGUGAUCAGCCUCUUUGAGGUAAGAAUUUUUCUCUUGUUUGGCCUUUACUGGAAAAUGUAAUUUAGAAUUGCUUUCAGGAGAUUCAAAAUAUAUAUGUAUAAAUUGGCAUAAAAGGGAGUUCCACGUGGCAGCUCAUCCUGAGGAGGCCAAGUAUCACUAAUGGCCAUGGACAAGACCGUGGUCUGAAGGGGUAGUGGGGCUGCUGCUGGAUGGUCCUGUUGGGUUUGGAUCCUAACUAUACGGGAAGCACACCUGAGCUUGCUUUCUUCAUUAAGCUGGACUGAGUGGUUUUUAAAAGCCGGCCCAGAAAGCAUGCUUUUGUGCAUCCAAGGUUGUUCCUUUGUCCAGAUGAUGGAAAAUAGUUGUGUGUUGAUGAAAUAGCUGUUCUUUCCUAAGAUGUGCUUUAACCCACAUAUAUUAAAAAUGUGGUUGUCAUUAUAGUUCUAUUUUGACUUUAGGGCAGUGAGCACAUGGCAAGGAUAGAAGGUACUCUUCCUUCCCUGCCCUUCCCCGCCCUCUCCAAGAUAAGUGCCGAUGGGAAACAUGCUGUUCUUACUGUGGUAGCUAAGAUUAAAAACAAAGUAUGGAUUUGCAUGGCUUCAUUUUUUGAAUGAGCAGUUUGAGAAGCCUGAAAGUGAGCACAGUCUGAUCUCCUGUCACAGGAGCUGCUGUUUCAUAGAGCUGAAUAUUGAUCUUCUGGCCAGUUCUUUGGACGGCAGGAUAGCUUAUAACUGUUCUUGGCUGGUGUAAGCUGGCGCAGCCAAAGGACAGAGUCACUGUCCCAGCAGCUGCCUUUAUUCCCAGCCCGGCUGUAGGCUGUACCUGUUCUUUAAAUGGUGUGAGAUCCUCUGAUUGUUGCAAACCAUCAGAGCUGGGAGUCAUGGAAAUGUUGUCAGCAUUCUUCUAAGAAGAAAUCAUUUGACGUUAUUAUUUAUGUCCUGCAAGAUUCUCAUUCAGCAGAGCAGUUAAGGGCAUGGUCAUACAUUGUGCUGAACCAGUGCCUAAAAUAAUACUGAAGAGAGCAUUGUAAAUGUGAAUAUGAAAAGUGGAAAAAAGUGGACUGCUAAAUUAUGGAAAAUAAUACUAUGUACAUUUGUUUUUCACAGUGUUUUUACUACUGAACUGAACUGUGGUGAGUUGAAUGGCAUACUGUGGUUCAUAGCCAAGACAUCGUUCCGUUUAUGAUCUGGAUAGUUUUAAACUCUUUUGCCGUCUUUAUGCAUAGGAGUCACACUCCUGAUGUAUUGUUCAAUAUCAGUGAUUUCUAUUUAAAUACAUUAAUAAACCAAGACUGCCGUGCUAGAGAAAUGCCAGCUUCUGCCGAUCCUGUCUAAACAGACAAAAGCUUCUUCACAUAUCAGUCAUGUGCUUUCUAAGGCGUUAGCAUAUCCCUUAAGAGUUAAUACUGUAUGUUUCUUAUGGCUAUUUCCCCCAGAAAUUCUGUUCUAAACCUUGCUUCAUAUGUGGUUUUAGUUUCACUGUUUUCUAAAUUUUAAGACAAAUGCAAAUAGUUACCCUUACUGAAAGUUUAUAAUGGAAAGGGUUUUAGGACUGAAUUUGGUGCCUUUUGAAAUACUUUCUUGUAUGUUAUACAUAUGGGGGGGGGAAAACUCUACCUUUUCCUCAGCUGCUUUUUAAUUUUGUGAACUUACAGUAUUUUUCUAGUGCUGUGCACUUCAUUCACUUGUAGAUUGUUGUGGCUGAAUAAACAGGUAUCAUGAAAUCUAAA